AUGGCCAGAAAGCAGAGACAAGGAAGGAACUCUGGUCGGAAUAAAUCAAAGCCUUCCGUAUCAGCGGCCACAAGCGUGGCAGCUUCGGCGUCUCCUAGUGAAGAAGGGGAAGGUGAAUCUCCACAUUGUGCUUCAAGAGACACAUCAAAGAGUAAUACUCCAACGUUGGAGGAAGACAACGUCAUUGAUGGUGGAGACAAGUCAGAAGUUAGCGCAAUUUUGAAUCAGCCUCAACAAUUGGUUGAGAAUGUGUCGCUUUCUUCGAAUGGACUUGAGAAAGUCGAUGAUUCGAGUAAGAAGACAACUGAGACGUAUGAGGCGAGCGGUGAAGCACACCAGGAGAAUCAGAAGGAGGAGCAAGAUAUGAUAGAAGGAAUUCGACACCAAGAGGGAUUGGUAGGCCCUGAACAGCCCCCUGAACAAUCCCCUGAACAAUCCCCUGGAGGGCCUGAUGUGAGUGAAGUCGUGAAGGUCUCACCCUCUCCUCUCGAUAUUAGUUCGCAGAAUCGAGUCAAUCCCUUAGAGAAUUCUGCCAAUGAAGAAGGAAAGAAGAGUCAGCAAGAUCUAGAAGAAGACUCUGUUGACAAAAAAAUUGAAACACGGGAAGAAUUUCUAGAAGAUGACAACAAUAGGCAAAUAGAGCAGCCUGCAAUACCUAAAAUAACUGAUGAGUUUACAACGGCCAGGGACGUUCAAGAAAUCCCAUUAGGAACUCCUGAAUUUCAAGAAGAUCAGAUAGAUGAAAGAUAUCCCGAAAAUCAUGAGCCCAACGAUUCAGAACAACAAGAACUGAAGGAACUUCACCAGAAUAACUCCCAAGAAUAUUUGAAACCAGACGAUUACCUUGCCCCACAGCAAUCACAAGAAUCAAGACAUGUCAGGUCGUCUUCUGGAUCGCCUCAACUUGGUAAUCAGGAACCAAGAGUGUCUCCUGGCCCUUUCAUCCUCAGCUCCGUAGUUAAGGAUAUUCCCAUACAGAAUUCUGGUAUUUUAGGUUCAAACGACGCCACCAUCACUUGCAUAGAAGCUUGGGAUCAAAACCUGUACAUAGGCACAUCUGUUGGGGAGAUUCUUCACAUGUUCAAGCUAGAUGACGAAACGGGCUACAUACUAAUAUCAAGACAGAGCUUUCAUACAUCCAAGGUAAAACCCAUCAAAAAGAUACUUCUUCUCCCUUCAAUCGAUAGGGCGUUGGUGCAUUGUGGAUCGUUGGUCUCUAUAUUCAUGCUUCCAGAAUUCUCGCCUGCUAGUGUUGGAAAAAUCAAAGAUGUAACGGACGUGUCUCUUGAUUACGAUUCGUUGUCUAUCGAUCGAGUUAGAGGGAACUUAGUGCAUUCAAGCCAAACAAAGUCCCCAGAUUUUGUACAAGUUUCAGUGUUCACUUCCAAGUUUUUGAGAUUGGUAAACGUUUUUAAAGAAAGUAUCAAGCUUCACAAAGAUAUAAGUUAUGCCAAUGCCAUCACUGGAUUAAUACGUUCGCACUUUGCACUCAUUUCCAAUGGUAUUGAGUACGAUCUGUUAGAUGUUAAUAACCUUUUCAAAGUGAAAUUAUUUCCAGUCUCAUCAGGCCCAAGUCCUUCCAAGAUAAAACCGUUGAUAGCACCGGUUUCCCAGAAUGAGUUCCUGCUAUCAUGCGGAACGAAGCAAGAUGAACCUGCCAUGGGAAUGGUAGUUGAUACAGACGGAAAUAUUAGUCGUGGAACCAUACCUUGGAACACGUACCCAUCGUCUUUGAAUGUAGAUUACCCCUUUUCUAUCGGAGGGUUCUCAAAUUACAUUUAUGUUCAUUCCUUGCAUAACCAACAAGAAGUUCAAUCGAUGAAGUUUAGCCAUAGGGUGAAGAUUAGUCAAGUCAGUCACCUUUUCUACACAAAUUUUAAAGACCUAAAGGAUCUGGUCACGAAGAUUCCCGUAAAUCCACAAUCGACACCAGCGGAAUUAGAAAGAAUCACUGUUGAAAAUGAUUUAGCAACAAAAUACUCGCAAGUACCUUCGUCUACCGUUGUUUAUAGCACUUAUGAAGGUGUAAAACUAUUACAACAGAUACCUAGGCUGAUGCAGUUUAUGGAAAAUUUUACACUUACUCAAGAAUAUACUGCCAAUGAAUUGUCAACGUUUAUUGAUGAUAUCCAAGAUGAAAUGAACGUGUUGAACAAAUCCUCAGGAUCUAAUACCCACUUUGAAAGUAUUGAAUGGCAAUUUUUAAAUGAUCUGUGCCAAUUACUAUUCAUUGAAUCCGGCCAGUAUCAACAACUCUUAGAUUAUUCAAUAUCAGCAUUUGAGGGAGAUCCAAGAGUUCUUGUAAAUAUAUUUCAAGGAAGUGACGAUAUUAUAGGUGAAUCUAUAUGGAUGUUUCAAGGGUUAAUUCCAAAAAUGAAUCAGGUAUCGGAUAAGCAUAUCAACCAACUAUCGGAAGGAACAGAGGCAUACUCGUUUUUUGAAUCUUAUCUUUUGAAAUGGUUUUCAAAGAAGUCUUUUCGUCACGACUAUGAUAAAGCUUCAAUGAUUGAAACUUUGGAGAUAGCCUUGAUGAAACUAUACCUUUUGAAUAACAGAGUGACUAGUGAGAACUUUUCCAAGGUCCAGAAGAGUCUCAUUAAGAACGUCCAAAGAGUGAGUGCCAAAUUGGAACAAUUGCUCAUUGAUGGGAACCAUUGGACCCUUUUGAUCAAGUAUUAUCAAAGAUCAAAUGAAAAUCUGGCAGCAUUAUCCGUUUGGAGAAAUCUCAUCAAAGGCGACUACAAGGAUGAGAUUUACAACGAACUAAAGAUGCAGUUCAGCAUUGACCAGUUUAUCAAGUAUUUCAUUAGUCAAAUUACGGAUGAGACUGUUUUGUGGGAUUAUGGGAACUGGUUACUUGGAUACUCUCCUUCGGCCGCACUACGAUUGUUUAGUUCUAAAGAUUUGCGUAUCAGUGUUCCAGAGAUCAAGGUGUUGCAUUUGAUCGACCAAAUGAGCUCGAAUAAAGUUCAGACGAAGUUUGAGUACUUGGAUAUACUUGUCAAUGAAAGACAUGAACUUCAAUUUCUUGGAGAUUACUUGUUAGAGCUGUUACCUCCUUUUCUUCUCAAGCUUCAGGAUCAAAAUGGAAGGUUAGAUGAACUGGUAAAGAUGUACCAGGAUUUGAAGACACCAAAAUUGGUGUUUACCACAUUUUUGCGUCUUCAAGCAGCUAAACCUGAGUACAAAGAAAUACUUGCUACCUAUCACACAUUUUCUAAAUAUUUGUCCCAAAUAACUCGGAACACAGCUUCAUUGUCGAAUAGAAAGACUCUGAAUGUCGUGAAUGAAUGUUUCAAGUUGUUGGAGCCAUAUGAAAAUCAAAUUCCCUAUUUAAUCGCUAUGAUAGAAAGCAAGAGAGAUGACCAUGAAAAGGUGAUUGAUAUUUUACUGAAUCUUACAGAUUUCCAUACGGCGGAAGAGUACGCUGUGUCGUUUAGGUUAGCUGGAACGUUUCCAGACACUGAAGAGGGACACACGUCACAGCUUGAAGCUGUACAGAAUUUGGUUGUUGAAUCCGAUAACCUCUUUGAACAAGAUACGGAUAUAUCAGCAGACGAAAAUACGAACGUCCACGAUCUGUUAUUAAUGUCCAUUUUUGAUCGAUACCUGAUUCUAAAUGAUUCUCAAUUAAUUGAACAUUUCUUGAACAAGUACAACAUUUUCAAGACCGAACAAUUGGAUGGCAAUUCUGAUAUGCUACCAGCUCUCGUUCAAUUGGACAAUUUCAACGGGUUGUUGAAUAAAAUUCCGGACAAUCUUCGAAUCCAACAGAUCAACUCAUUCCUCUUGGGGAACUUACUCUCGAUUGAAGACUCCUACAACGAUGUUUUGAUGAGAAAAAACCUUACUAAAGGCAAACUGAGCGCCAUAGAAAACUUAUACCGUGAUAUACUUAACUCUGGAGAGGAACCAGAUAAUUCUGAAGAGUCUAAAGGACGAAACGGACAUAUACCAGAACUUUAG